CCGCCGGUGCACCAGCUUCUACCCGGGCCAACCGGUGCUCCUUGCCCAGCCAUGGCCCGGGGGCGGGGCCCGGCCCUUGGCGGCGCUCACAGGCAGCGCUCAGCGCCCCGGAGGCGUCAGCUCUGACCCAGCCUCCCAGGGACACUACCAGCAGCCUCAUCUCUCUCCUCACCCGGCUUGGAAUCCGCCACAGGUUGCUGGAGCCCUUUGAGCUUUGGGGGAACCAGGGCCAGCAGCUGGCACAGUAGGAUGCCCCCGUGUCCUCCUCAGCAGAACAGGAACCGGUUGUCACAGCUGCCUAUUGGGGAGCCGGGCGAGAUGGAAUUGACUUGGCAAGAGAUCAUGUCCAUUACUGAGCUGCAGGGUCUAAAUGUUCCGAGUGAGCCAUCCUUUGAGCCCCAAGUUCCCACCCCAUACCCUGGACCAUUGCCUCCUCCAACAUACUGCCCCUGUUCAGUUCACCCAGAUGCAGGCUUCUCCCUGCCACUACCACCUUAUGAGCUCUCCGCACCCACUGCUCAUGUCCCAGACCUCUCGUACUCCUAUGGCAACAUGGCUAUACCAGCGGCAAAGCCACUCACCCUCUCAGGUCUGCUCAAUGAGCCCCUCCCAGAUCCCUUAGCUCUUCUGGACAUUGGGCUGCCAGUGGGGCCACCCAAGCCCCAAGAAGACCCAGAGUCCGACUCAGGAUUAUCCCUCAAUUACAGUGAUGCGGAAUCUCUUGAGCUAGAGGGUGCAGAGGCCGGCAGGCGGAGGAGCGAGUAUGUGGACAUGUACCCUGUGGAGUACCCUUACUCCCAUAUGCCCAACUCCUUGGCCCACCCCAACUAUACUUUGCCGCCCACUGAGACACCCUUGGCUGUAGAGGCAUCCUCUGGCCCUGUGCGGGCUAAACAUGCUGUCAGGGGGGAGGCGGGGAGUCGUGAUGAGCGGCGGGCUCUAGCCAUGAAGAUUCCCUUCCCUACGGACAAGAUCGUCAAUUUGCCUGUGGAUGACUUUAAUGAGCUGCUGGCGCAGUACCCUCUAACAGAGAGCCAGCUGGCUCUAGUCCGGGACAUCCGACGGCGGGGCAAGAACAAGGUGGCAGCCCAGAAUUGUCGCAAGAGAAAACUGGAAACCAUUGUGCAGCUGGAGCAGGAGCUGGAGCGCCUGGGCAGUGAAAGAGAGCGGCUUCUCAGAGCCCGAGGUGAAGCGGACCGCACUCUGGAGGUCAUGCGCCAACAGCUGGCAGAGCUGUACCAUGACAUUUUCCAGCAUCUUCGGGAUGAAUCUGGCAACAGUUAUUCACCGGAGGAAUAUGUACUGCAACAGGCUGCUGAUGGGACCAUCUUUCUGGUACCCCGUGGGACCAAGAUGGAGGCCACAGAGUGAGCUGGCCUAGAGACCAACAAUGGUACUAGGGCCUCUCCUCAUUCUCUUCUGAUAAAGGUACUCCCCAACCCCAGGACUCACAAGGCACCGAGUUCUCCAGACCAAAAGAGGGUAGAUGCAACCUUAGCAUUUGGUCCUUCCAAGGUGUGUUCAGUGAGGUUCACCUGGAGGCCAGGUGAGUGCUGGCUUCCCAGGCCCCAAGCCUCCACCUCUUGUCUAAGCUUUGGUCCAUAAAGAGCUGUGUGGAAA